GAACGCAAUCGUUGUGUCUUUCCAUCGCAUCGCCAAACCACCACAAACAACCUCGAGAAGACGCAAGAUCCCGAGGCCACACCUCUCACAGCAUAACGAUGGCAGCGUCGUCGAGAUCCGCCGUGCUCCGCUCAGCGCAAUUGUUGUCGUCGUCACGAUCGUUCGCGACCACUUCGCCGACACAAUCGCUUCGACUGCUCCGACCUGCUCCGUCUUCCUUCCUCCAACCCAGACAGCUCCUCGUACCUUCGUGGGCGAACGCGAGCAGCAGCAGAUAUGCAGCUUUCUCGACGACCUCGAAGCGCGACAUCCUCCCUCCCGGACCACAGGUCAUCCAGGGCGGCGUCAACGAUCCCGCGCCCGUGCCGAAGCCGGAUCCUCUCCACGGUAGCUACCACUGGACCUUUGAACGACUCCUGUCCGCUGGCCUCGUGCCUCUCACCAUGGUUCCCUUUGCCUCGGGGAGCGUCAGCCCGACACUCGACGCUGUCUUGAUCUUUGGAAUUAUUGUGCACAGUCAUAUCGGGUUCCAGUCUAUGGUGAUUGAUUACAUCCCAAUCAACAAACACCCAACUAUGCGAAAGGCCUUCAUGUGGGCGUUGAACCUCGCGACUUUGAUUGUUGGAAUUGGUUUCUAUGAGUUCGAGACGAACGAUGUCGGAGUCACCGAGGCCGUGAAGAGGUUAUGGCAUGCUGGCGAGAACGAUGCGACCAUCGGAAAAGCCGACUUGUCGGGCCUCGGACACGAUGGAAAGUUGAAGCACUUGAAGUAAAUUUAAAAUAGGGCAGAAGGACGAGGUGGUGGUGGUGGUGAUGCUCCUGCUGGCGAGUCUCUGAAGACGACUCAUGUAUAUGUGAAACACAAACGCACAUCCCAAUGCAGGUGCACACUACAAAUGGGUGUUCCAACACAUGGCGAUGAAGAUCCGGACGUUCUUGCGCCAAGUUGAUCAUGUGCCUUUUUUGGUUCAAAGAUUCAAACUAAACUCAUAUGCUCGCUCAAGUCAGGUCUAUGUUUUGGGGAGUGUGUGUAUAUCCAUAUCGUCUUAUUCCAUUUCAUGUCACGCUCCA